CUGUGUACAGAGAAAGGGGAACUUCUUUAUGAGAAUCUAAAAUAGGAAGUGAGUACUCCCAGCUGUUCAUUAAAUACAAGUCUUAACUGUUAGAGCCAUUCUCACAAGCUGAAAGAGACAAGCAAGAACAGUGCCUACUGCCUCUGCCUGAGGAGAUAUGGAAAGGAAUUUUGUCACAGGUUCAGCAAUGUCUUCACCAUACCGAAGUUUACAUGACAGUUAUGUUGCCAACACAUGGAGUUCCAAGCGGCUUGUGACAUCAGUGCUUAUUGGAGGCUCUCUGACUGUACUGACAAUACUCAUUUCAAGUGCUCUCUUAGAGAGGAAAGCUACAAAUGGAAAACCUAGCCAUGCUGGAGAAGCAUUUACGGAUAGUAACCACUUUGACAGUGAGGACAAUAUGCCCAAUUAUAAAACGAUUCAGGAGGACAAAAAUGUUUGCAGUGACAUGAGCAGUUUGAUUUUAGUUGAAACCAUCCCACUCGAUAUGAAGUAUGAAGGAAACUCCACCUUUGGACAACCAUUGUACAAGGCCUGGACAGAUCUCCUCAAUAUGGCCACCAGGAGUAUUGACGUGGCCUCUUUCUACUGGUCACUGACAGGGGAGGAUAUCGGUGUGAAGACUUAUACCGAUAUACCUGGGAAGGAUAUAUUAAAACAGUUUGAGGACAUGCCUUCCAGAAAUGUGUCAGUGUGUGUGGCCUCAAGCUUUCCUUCCAUGGCAUGGAACUCCACAGACCUGAACGUCUUACAUGGGAAAGGUGUCCAUGUAAAAAAAGUGAAUUUCGGGCAUUUAACAACAGGUGUGCUUCACACCAAAUUCUGGAUCGUCGAUAUGAAGCAUGUCUACAUUGGUAGUGCUAACAUGGACUGGAGGUCUUUGACUCAGGUAAAAGAGCUCGGAAUUAUCAUCUACAACUGCUCCUGUUUGGCGAGGGACCUUCAUAAGAUAUUCCUUUCAUACUGGACACUUGGGCAUCACAAUGCCACAAUCCCUGAUCCCUGGCCUCCUUCCUUUAACACCUCAGUCAACAAAGACAACCCUUUGCUUGUGAACAUCAGUGGAGUGCCAUCUAAAGUCUACAUUUCUGGUUCCCCUCCUGCAUUUUGUCCCAGCGGUCGAACAAAGGACUUGGAUGCCAUAAUAUCAGCAAUCAAUGGGGCAGAAAGGUUUAUAGAUGUGGCUGUAAUGGAAUAUUUCCCCACUUCUCGCUUUAAGAAACCAACAAAAUAUUGGCCAGUCAUUGAUGAUGCAUUGCGGAGAUCAGCUUUCGAACGACACGUUCACAUUCGCCUCCUCAUCAGUUGCUGGCAAAGCAGUGACCCAUCCAUGUUUGCUUACCUGAGGUCCCUCAGUGCGCUUAGUUACCCACCUUCCAAUAUCAGCAUUGAAGUGAAACUGUUUAUUGUUCCAGUGGGGAACCACUCAGACAUUCCUUUUGCCAGGCUGAACCACAAUAAAUACAUGGUGACGGACAAACUAGCUUACAUUGGAACCUCUAACUGGUCUGCAGAUUACUUCAACACCACAGCUGGGGUGGGUCUGAUUGUCUCACAGGAGCCUCAGCAAUCGGGACACUCUGAGCCGACUCUGCAGGAGCAGCUGAAGGGGGUGUUUGAACGAGACUGGAGCUCACAGUUUGCCAUAAACCUCAGUGAUUUGGGGAAGAACCCUGACUGUAAACACAGCGAAGACCUUAAGGCCACCACUCAUGUGUAACAAAAAGGCAAACCAGAGUUUUUAGGGAGAGCUAACAUUGAAUGAAGUGGUCAAAACACAAUUGUUCCAAGUGGAUGGUGGAUAAAAGGAUAAAAACUGAUGAUUUAAUGUUAAACUACAGAACCUGCUGAACCUACUGUAACUCUCUGUGCCUGGAGUAUUUCCACCCCUUGUCUAUACAGUAAAAGCAAGGCAAAACUGAUAAAGACUCCAAAAAUGUGUUCAUAUAGUUAAACCCAUUUAUUUCACAUGGCAGUUCUUCAGCAGUCAUUCUCUAUAGUGGCCAUUUACAUCAGUUCUCUUUGAUUUAUCUUUACCCUUUGUCUUAAUCUCUGUGAUAUUUAUUAAUAUGCAGUACUGUAUGUCUCCUUUGAUGAGAACUUUUCCUGUUCCUGUAACUUUUCCUGUUUUUCCUGCUUUAUUUUUGCUUUCACAAUAUCUUGAAAAGGACACACAUAAUCGCUAGAUUUAAACAUUUUUAAUUUAUAUUGAUGAUUGCCUCCUGCAAAUAUUUUUUGCAGUUGUUCUUUGUGUAUUACUCUUCUGCUGCAGUUUGAUUGUGACAUGUUGACAUGUUAUUUAAAAUGGUGCUGACGAUGAUUAACUUGAUGUAUAAAAAAUAAAAAAAUAGAAGAAAGUUA